AUGGCGGACGUGCAGAGUGAGGUGAACCUUGUAGAUCUAUCGCUGGAGCAGCUAAAUGCACUUAAGGGACAGCUGGAGAACGAGCUGCAGCAGCUGACAGCAUCUUUUGGUGGUUUAUCCGAGGCCCAAUCACGAUUUGGCGAAUCGAAGGAGGCUUUAAAGAGCAUGGCGUCAUCAGAUUCGAAUAAAGAGGUGCUCAUUCCUUUGACUGCAUCCAUGUUUGUACCCGGAAAACUAGCCAGCAAGGACGAAGUGUUAGUCGAUUUGGGCACUGGCUAUUUUGUUGAGCAAUCCGUGGAAAAGGCCGCACAGUUCAUGGAUCGAAAAAUUGAGUUUCUGCAGAGCAACACCGACCAACUCAAAACGGUCAUUGACAACAAACGCAACAUGUUUGAGGCCGUGCUUAUGAUUAUGCAGCAAAAGGUGGUGGCUAUUUUAAAUUUUCGAAUUAGCAAAGUAUCUGAACUUCAUGGAAGUCAGCAAUUAAACAGCUCCACGAUUUCAAAUCUCUCUAAGUUGAUCGAAACGAUUCGACCAGCAGAAUGCCCUCAAAAUCGAUCACUGUAUAACGAACUCAAGAUGAUGGAUCAGCAGCACAAUGUUGAUCGCCAAGUCAACGAGGCGCAACGUGUGUCCAGUCCAUCACGGCACAUUACAUAUUUACGAAAGGUACCACAUGAUCCUUUCGCCGUUUCGCCGCACACCAAGCCGUUGGUGUUUAGAAAGACCAAACGCGAACUCGAAAAAGAGCAGCGUGAGCAAGCAUUCAUGCAGCAAGAUCGGAUACAGAACAAGAAGCUUCGUGUUGAGGAAGGAAUGUGCAAAAGUAUCAACAAUGCACAACUGAAUUCUGUACAGUUGCAGCAAUGGAGCUGCCGAAGGACUGCUUAUGUGCUGCGUGCUCAUACUCGUCGUCGCCUUCAGUUUUAA